AUGGAAUUGAGCUUAAUCAAGCACUAUAUAAUGCACCAGAUAACUAUAUUCAAGUUCAUGUCCAUAGGGAUUAACUUGCAGAAGAGCGCAGACUUUGUCCAUGCUUUCAUGCUUGGGUUUGAUGUUGCAGACGCCAUUGCUCUGUUGCGUCUGGACGAUCUUUAUGUCGAUACCUUUGAGAUCAAGGACGUGAAGACCCUACGAGGGGAGCACCUUUCUCGAGCAAUCGGCAGGCUGUCAGGAAAAGGAGGCAAAACUAAAUUCGCUAUCGAAAAUUCUACAAGAACUCGGAUUGUGAUUGCAGAUAGUAAGAUCCACAUCCUGGGGUCUUUCCUGAACAUAAAGAUUGCUCGAGAUUCUCUUUGCAGUCUUAUAUUAGGAUCACCAGCAGGAAAGGUCUACUCCAAACUUAGAACUGUCAGUGCCCGGUUUGCCGAAAAGUUUUGAAGUUUUUCUUAAAAAACUUUUGCCAUAUUAAAGCUGAUUUUUUAGUUUGGGUCAAUCGAGUGCAAUGUUUGGAGGAUCCCAUUUGAGUUAUCAAACAUUGUUUGAGUAAGAUGUAAUGUUUGUUCAAUGAUAAAGUCUGAUGACUGUUAUAUCUUCCUGCAA